AUGGGGGGGGGGGGGGUGGGGGAGGGGGGGGGGGGGGGGGGGGGGGGGGGGGGGGGGGGGGGAAAGGGCGAGCAGAAGAGAGAGGCCCCAGACGGCAAGUGCGAUUCCACAGAGUUGGGGGGGUUCAGAGCGGGGGUCACAGCAGCAUGCUCCCGGGGCCAGAGCGGAGGAUUGGAGGCGGCUGAGUUUGAUCCGUACAAGAUUUUAGGUGUGAGCAGGAAAGCGAGCCAGGCUGAAGUGAAGAAGGCAUACAAGAGCCUGGCCAAGGAGUGGCAUCCAGACAAGAACAAGGAUCCAUCUGCUGAAGACAUGUUUAUCAAGAUCUCAAAAUCCUAUGAGAUUCUGUCCAAUGAGGAGCGCAGGGCAAACUUUGACCGUUACGGACAGAUGGACGAGAACCAGCCGUUCGGACAGUCGCAGCACCCAGGCUUCAGGAGCUUCCACCACAGCUUCUACUUCGACGAGUCCUUCUUCCAGUUCCCACGCUCUCGUGAGUUUGCCGACAGUAAAUAUCUGCUGCAUCACGCUCAGUUCAACAGUGAGGUUCUCCCGGACAGUUUCCGGAGGCCAUAUCUGAUCAAAGUGACGUCAGAGUGGUGUUUCGCCUGUGUGCACAUUGAACCCGUGUGGAAGGAGACGGUGGAGGAGCUGGAGCCGCUGGGUGUGGGCAUCGGCAUCAUCGACCUCGGGUACGAGCGCCGUCUGUCCUCGCAGCUCGGAGCUCACCGUGCGCCCUCCAUCAUCGGCCUCAUCAACGGCCGCGUGUCCUUCUUCCAUCAGGCCGUGGUCCGCGAGCACUUGCGCCAGUUCAUCGAGGACCUGCUGCCCAGUAAACUCGUUCACAAGAUCUCGGACAGUAACUACGAGUCGUUCCUGGAUGCCUGGCAGGAGGAGAACAAACCCAGUGUGCUGCUGUUCGACCAGGUCCCUGUGGUUCCUCUGCUUUAUAAGCUGGCUGCGUUCUCCUUCAGAGACUAUGUGCGCUUUGGUUACGUGGAUCAGGGAGGGACGCAGAACACUCGUCUGCUGCGUCAGUUCAACGUGAACACCUAUGCUCCCACUCUGCUGCUGUUCAAAGAAGACACGCAGAAUCCGGUGGACAUCAUACAGGCUCGUGGGAUGAAGAAGCAGAUCAUGGACGAGUUUGUCUCCAAUAAUAAGUUCCUCCAGGUUCCUCGUCUCGUGAACCAGCAGCUGUUUGACGAGCUCUGUCCCAUCAAGCAGUUCCACCGCCGCCGCAAGUUUUGUGUUCUGCUGAUCACGGAGCAGGACUUUGUCGCAGGGAACAAAGCCUUCAUGGAGUUUGCGGUGGCUAAUAAGAAGGAGAUUCUUCGCUUCGCGUACGUUUACCAGCGUCACCAGCAGCCGCUGUGCCUCGCCCUGCUCCGGAACCAGGCUGCACUGUCUCCACAGGUGGUGAUCCUGGAGCGGCGCACGCAGGCGGGGAAGGUGCUGUUCCGCUUGCUCAGCGGAGGAUGGAACGGCAGCGACGACGACAAGUUCAGGCUCCACACAGAGAUUGAUCUGCUGCAGAAGGAUCCGUCCUACCUGAGCACCGACGCCACGCUGCCACAGCUCAACAACGAGAUGGCUCCGAUGUUUUUAAUCCGCUGGUUUAACGCUGCUUAUGAUUACUUCAUUCAAGUAUACGACGACCUGCUCUACUCAAACUGGAGGGAGAUGAUGCCGAUCCUGUCUCUGAUUUUCUCUGCUCUCUUCAUUCUGUUCGGCACGGUCAUCAUCCAGGCCUUCAGUGAACCUGGAGAGAACAAGCCUCAGAAACCCAAAGCCAAAGAGCCUCCACCGUCGCCGGAGCAGACGGAGGACCGAGGCGGAACCUCCAGUCGUCCUCCUAAGAAAGACUUUGUGGAGGUGACGGAGCUCACGGACGUCACAUACGUCAGUAACCUGGUGCGACUGCGUCCCGGACACAUCAACGUGGUCCUGGUUCUGUCUGACUCCAGCAAGAACGUACUGCUCCGGAAGUUCGCCAAAGAAGUCUUCUCCUUCUCCGGCACCCAGACGCUGCACUUCUCCUUUCUGAACGCGGACAAACACCGGCGCUGGAUGCCUGCCCUUCUGCGCUCGGCCCGCUGCCCCGACCUGCAGCUGGACGAGGACUCCUCCGACCUCCCGGGACACGUCCUGGCGCUGAACGGACACCGACGCUACUUCUGCCUCUUCAGACCGGUCUUCACAGGAGACGAGUCCGCGGACGGCCUCAGUGACUCCUCCGUCUGCUCCCGGAAGUCCCGGUCGCGCUCUCGGUCGCGCUCCACCUCCAGGUCACGCUCUCAUUCCCGCGAGGAGACCAAGCGAGGGUCCGGACGAGCCACCAGCAUCGAGCUGCAUCACAAACUGGACAGACUCGGUCUGUGGAUGGAGAGGCUCAUGGAGGGAACUCUGCCCCGGAUACAGGUCCCCGCCUGGCCGCAAUUGGACGAAAACCAGGCGUCCAACAGCAGCUGA